CAACUUCACGGCGUCAGUCAAACGACGGAACUGGGUGGGGAUUUUUCAUGUUUUUGUUGGUUUUCAUUGAUUUUCGCAUUUACAACACAACCUAUCCGUCCCUGUGCAUUAAACAAUAAACCAGAGAUAUCUUACAAUGAGAUAGUAUCGGAUGAGCAGCGCGCGGAGCGGCGGGCGGCGCCAUGACGCGCCCCGGGCCUCCCAACGAGAACCUGCCCACGGUAAAGCUGGUGGUGGUGGGCGACGGUGGCGUGGGCAAGUCCGCGCUCACUAUCCAGUUCUUCCAGAAGCUGUUUGUGACGGACUACGACCCCACCAUCGAGGACUCCUACAUACAGCACACGGAGGUCGACGGACAAUGGUGCAUACUUGAUGUGCUGGACACGGCGGGGCAGGAAGAGUUCAGCGCGAUGCGCGAGCAGUACAUGCGCAAGGGCGACGGGUUCCUACUCGUGUUCAGCGUGGCCGACCGCCAGAGCUUCGACAACGUGAGGCACUUCCACACGCAGAUACUGCGCGUUAAGGACCGCGACACAUACCCGAUGCUGGUGGUGGGCAACAAGGUGGACCUGGUGGGCGCGCGCGCGGUGUCGGCGGAGCAGGGCCGCGCGCUGGCCCGCGCCCUGCACGCGCCCUACCUCGAGACCAGCGCCAAGGAGCCGCCGCUCAACGUCGACGCCGCCUUCCACGAGCUGGUGCGCAUCAUCCGCACGCACCCGCAGCAGGAGGUGAAGAAGCCGCGCAUGAAGUGCCACACGUGCAGCAUCCUGUGAGCGACCACCGCUCUUACUGCCCACCACACGGUGCACACGUGCGAUGCAAGACAAGACGAGUGUCAAAUGUGGCGCUACGGUUUUUAAAUCUUUUCCGAUUGUGAACAACAUCGUGUUCAUACCGACCAGGCGAUCGUACUCGUCCAACGUGAGUUGAUUUUGAAGGCACAACUAUAAAUUGUUCAAAGAAUACCAUGGAAAACAUGCAUUAUAAUACAUGGUUCUUGAUUUGUCGUAUCUGCACUUUUAGAUUUAGGCAUAAUACGUGUUUAUUUAUAGGAAACAUUUACCAAUGCGAAGCAUUUAUUUAACGUAUUUAUAGUUUGUAGGCGUAGAUCUGUGUUGCAGUAGUGUGAGACACGACUGUGCGAGUCAGACCACAGCCGCUGUGCAGUAGCCAUGUAUUGUAAGUACAAGCUGUAACUAACAUCGUUUUGUUACUAUAGAACGCUAGAUGCAGAACCAAAGUCAUUUACAUUAUAAUUAUACAAAAAUAUAUUAUAGAGAAGCUUACAGAAGUAUUAUAAAUGUUGCACAAAUAUUAUAUUAUUCAUAAUUAUAUUUUUAUGCCCAUGUAAGAAUUAUUAAACAAAUAUACGUAAAUCAUACCUUGAUCUGAAUGUAGUGUAGGAAUAAUAAAGCUUUAAUGUAUUUUGUUUUAGCAAAGACAAUAUACAAAGAUAUGUACCUACAAAAAAAUACUAGAGAUUAUAAAAUUAUUUUGAGAUUAAUGUGAACGACGAAUUAAUUUCAUUGUUGGCCGAUGAUAAAUGAACAAAUUGUAAUUUAGUA